AUGGGGAGGUCUCUGCUCCCUUCCCUUUCCCCCCUCCGGAGGAUUUGUCCCUGGGGGACUCCCUGGCCUGGCAGCCGGGUUGUAUUUUUCCGCCUGUGGGAAUCUCAGCCAUCCCCACUGGCUCUGCUGGCCGCCACCUGCAGCAGGAUUGAGUCUCCCAACGAGAACUCCAACAGUUCCCAGGGCCAGCAAGGUGGCAGUGGGGAGCUGGACCUCACAGCAGCUGCUGCCCAGCUGGCCCAGUCAGCCAAUGGUUGGCAGAUCAUCUCCACGGGUUCCACCACCCCCAAAGACCCCGGCAGCAACGGCAGCAACGGUGGAGAGGCCUCCAAGAGCCGCCCGGUGAGCACGGGCCCCUACGUGGUUACCACCACCUCCUCCAACCUGCAGAACCAGCAGGUUCUGACGGGUUUACCUGGGGUUAUCCCCAAUAUCCAGUACCAGGUCAUUCCCCAGUUCCAAACCAUCGACGGGCAGCAGCUCCAGUUUGCCACCACCCCAGCUCAAGUCCAACAAGAUGCUUCAGGUCAGCUCCAGAUCAUCCCCGGCACCAACCAGCAGCUCCUAACUGGCCGUGCUGGCACCAGCAACCUCAUUGCCAUGCCCAACCUGCUCCAACAAGGUCCCAUCCAAGGGGUUGGCUUGGCCAACAACAGCCUCUCGGGCCAAACCCAGUACGUGGCCAACGUCCCCGGCCUCAAUGGCAACAUCACCUUGCUACCUGUCAACAGCGUGGCUGCCACCUUGGCCCCAACCUCCCAGACGGUGACCCUGAGCGGUUCAGGCUCCCCCGAGAGCAGUUCUCAGCCUCCCACCUCGGGACCUUCCACCACCACCACCACCUCAGCCACUUCUCAAGCCAGUUCUGGCUUUUUUACCAAUGCCAACAGUUACUCCACCACCACCACCACCAGUAACGUGGGGGUGAUGAAUUUUUCCACCAGUCCCACCGUGGGGAGCACCAAUGUCCAAGCUCAGACGCCCCAGAGGGUCAGCAGUGUCCCCAGCUCGGACUCUCUGCAGAACCAAGUGUCAGGGGUGGCUUUGCCACCAGGGCAGCAGAAGGAAGGAGGAGAGCAGGGCCAACAAUCCCAACAACAGCAACAACAGCAGCAGCAGCAGCAAAUCUUGAUCCAACCCCAACUUGUCCAAGGUGGGCAGACGAUCCAAGCCCUCCAAACCACCCCUCUCUCUGGCCAGACCUUUGCCACUCAAGCCAUCUCCCAGGACACCUUGCAGAACCUCCAGCUCCAAGCUGUCCCCAACUCGGGGCCCAUCAUCAUCCGAACACCGACGGUGGGCAACGGGCAAGUCAGCUGGCAAACCAUCCAGCUCCAAAACCUUCAGGUCCAGAACCCUCAAGCCCAGACAAUCACCUUGGCCGCCAUGCAAGGUGUCUCUUUGGGCCAAACAGGCAGCACCAGCCACCCACCCUCACCCCCCAUCGCCUCCCUCCCCAGCGGCACCGUCACCGUCAACGCUGCGCAGCUCUCCUCGGUGCCAGGGCUCCAGACUAUUAACCUCAGUGCCUUGGGAGCCUCUGGAAUCCAGGUCCAUCAGCUCCAAGGGUUGCCACUGGCCAUAGCAAACACCACUGGUGACCACGGAGCUCAGUUGGGUCUUCAUGGCACUGGAGGGGAUGGACUGGGAGAGGAGAACCCGGCUGUGGAAGAAGGAGAAACCAGUCCAGACCCCCAGCCCCAGCAGGGAAGGAAAACACGGAGGGAAGCCUGCACCUGCCCCUACUGCAAGGACAGCGAGGGGAGGAGCUCUGGGGAUCCAGGGAAAAAAAAACAACACAUCUGCCACAUCCCGGGCUGCGGGAAGGUCUAUGGCAAAACCUCUCACCUGAGGGCCCACCUGAGGUGGCACACGGGGGAGAGACCUUUUGUCUGCACCUGGAUCCUCUGUGGGAAGCGUUUCACCAGGAGCGACGAGCUCCAGCGGCACAAGCGCACGCACACAGGUGAGAAAAAAUUCGCUUGCCCGGAGUGUCCCAAACGUUUCAUGAGGAGUGACCACCUCUCCAAGCACAUCAAAACCCACCAGAACAAAAAAGGAGGCCCAGCAGCCAACAGCGUCACCAUGAACGUCUCCGCCGUCUCCAUGGACACCGGCGCCUCGGCGGAGGGCAAUGGGGGGGCCACCCCUUCCGCCCUCAUCGCCACCAACAUGGUGGCCAUGGAAGCCAUCUGUCCCGAGGGCAUCGCCCGCCUGGCCAGCAGUGGCAUCAACGUCAUGCAGGUGGCUGACCUCCAAUCCAUCAACAUCAGCGGCAACGGCUUCUGAGGAG